AGGUGUGUAUAGGGGUGAUAAAGUUAAUUUCAUAGUCUGCUGGGGAAAACGAUAUUACCAAUAAAGAAAAAAAUUUUCUUAUGAAAUGUUAUCAUUUGUCGAAUCAUCGAUAUUUUAAGGAUUACGUAAAGUAAUAGCAUAGCUACGUUGUUUAUAUAUAGCAUACCAGCGUAUCCUAUAUAUCUGAUCGAAUUGAUAAAUAUUAAAAAACAAGUAAACAUUCGAUGAGGUGAAGCGUAUGCAAAGUUAGCGAGGAGUUGAGGAGAAAGUGGUGAAAGGUAGAAUCUCACUAUGCCUCACACGAAUGGCACAUGUGGUGAGUUUUUGGGUUUACAUCUUACGCAGUAAAGUCGUAAAGUAAAAGUUGUUUCAACUUUUGAACGAAUUUUGUAUUUUUAAUUUGAUUAUGCAUAAGUGAAACUGCAAUAUAGUUGAAAUAUAAAAUUACAACUAUCAUGGACUAUUAUAUUAAUGGGAAAAUGUGACUGCUAAAAUACCCUUGCUAAAUUGUGGCAAUUUUUAUAGUGCUUAUUUAUUAUUGUAUACAAUUUUAAAUUAACAUUUACUAAUCAUGGUUUCAAAUUUAUGUUCCGCAUUUAAAUAUUCGUUACAACUGUCUACGAGGACUAAUUCUAGUAGCACAGUCAAGAGUUUGUUCGUCACAAAGGAUUUAACCCAUUCUAUGAAUACCUUGACCAAAAUGAUUUCCACAACACCAUGUCUCCAGGCAGAACCUCUCAAGAAAAAGAAACGCUUAGACCCCGCAGUUAUUAAAGCCCGUGAGGAGAGGAAACGGAGAAAGUUGGAAAAGCAAAUUCGCCGGCUGCAAAAGACAGAAAGACAGUUGAAACCAAUUGACGAGAUGGAAGUCCCUGUCGAAAUAUUGGACAACUACAAAGAACGGGGGCGACAGGCUGUAAAAUUAUCCGUGGAGGAGGAAGAGUACCGAUGGCUUCUGGAGAAAAAGUGGUCGCGCUACAGAUUUGGAGUUAACACAAGAGAAAUUCGAAUGGUUGAUAGAUUACUAUGCAGCCAAGAAAAGGCUUUAAAAGAACUGCGAGGCGAGUCUGAAGAGUUGUAUCAAGCUGCAAUACAGAUGGAUUUCAGUUACAUCCCGUAUGAAAUUAAAGGACCCGUGGAGACCCCACCCAUUCCGGGAUACGAUCCUGACGAAGGGGAUAUAAUUGAUAUUUCAAGAAAGUGGGAUAAAGUAUGAAUCCAGAUUUUUAGUAGCUCAAAUUUAAAAAAAUUCAUACCCAUCAGUAUAUUAGUCAUUGUACACCGUUAUGAAUACCGAUGUCGAGGUGAAUAAAUUCUUCAGCUCGUCUAUUGAAAAAAAGGUCUA